CCAACUUGGUCCCCUGGGCCCCGCGUCCCUCAGAGCUCAACGGGCGUCCAAUGCCGAUGCCACCGGGCCACAACGGCCAGAGGUUGCUGCAUGGCCCAUGAUCGAGGUGUGCUGCCACAGUGCGGACCUCUCGGUCGCUGAGGGCGACGUUUGGGUGGAGGUGGAGCUUGAUGGCUUUGUGGUGGGCCGGACCAAGACUUGUGCCGUUUCGGGCUCCCGCGCACGGCCCCGCUGGGAGGAGCGCAUCCCCGUGAUGGGAACAGGUCAUCUCCUGAUCUUUCGCAUCAUGGACCCGAAGUUGCUGGGUGAGACGCACCAGGUGGAUUUGCAGGCAUGGGUACGCCAGCAGCAAGAAGGCCAACAACGCUCCUGGGGCCUUCUCAACGAGGAGGUCUUGGUCGGCACCCUUUGGGCCUCUUUGCAGCCCUUGACGUCACCAAGUCGCUCCACGGCUCAGUCCAUGCCGGAGCAUCUUCAGAUGGUCCGCCAAGGCUCCUCAUUCUCCGAAUCUCCGGGCUCCAACGCUCCAAAGCUGCCCUCUCCUGCAGCGAGGCGCUCGGGUUGCUUUGCAUUUUCAUCCCGGGCCGGACAACGAAGCCCGAUCCCCUGUGGAGGCUCCGCUCCUCGGGUCUCCUCUCCGAGCCCCGCCGUGCGGAGCCUGCUGGAGGAACGAAGACCAGCUCCACUGGGGCAGGCGGCCUUGACGCCCAGUGGGCCACAGGCCAGCGGUACACCGUCCACAGGGACACAUCGUUUUAAGGACUUGGACAGUGCCCGACACUCGCAGAUCUCAGGCGCCAGCCCGGCCUCUGCGUCGACGGCCCGGGCAUCGCCCAACGCCCCGCGCCCUGCGCGGUCCAGAUCCAGCCUCUCCGCGGGUUCAGAGAAGUCUCCGGGCUCGCGGUUGAACUUCACCGAGAAGGCUCAGAGAGAUUUGGUGGAACUCAUGAGGAGCAAAGAUAAGCUCCGCGCCUAUGCCGAGCGGCCCUUCAAAGAUGUACCUGGCCGAAGUUUGCUUGCUGGGGACCGCUUGUGCUUUGAGGACUUUCAGCAGGCCCUCAAAGACUUACUCCAGGAGUUGCACAUCAGUGUGCCAGCAGACAAACAGAUGCAGGCCCUCUUUGACAAGCACCGGGGGAGCCACGAAGGUGUGAGCUCUGAAGACUUCGAAGCCCUGCUGUUUCGCUUGUUGUGCUUUUUAAGAGCCUCGGAGGAAGUCCGUGUGAACUUUGGAGCUGAACUUCGCUCUUGCUCCGAGGAACGCGACAAGCGAUGGCGGCAGGAAUUUAUUCAGAAGAAUUCGCAGAAGUUUAACGAAGUUUAUGAGGUCCAGAAACAACUCGGCAAAGGCUCUUUUGGUACGGUGUAUUUGGUCUCGCACAGGACACAGGUAGACCAAAACAAGGCGAAGCGCGUUCGAGUCUGCAAGAUGAUCAGCAAAGUGAAGGCGAAGGAGGCGAAGACAUCGGAAGCGAAGGUUCGGGAAGAGUUUGCAGUGCUGAAGCAACUGGAUCAUCCGCAUGUCCUCAGAAUAUUUGAGGACUUUGAGGAUGAGAAGUACUUCUACUUGGUGAUGGAACAGUGCAAAGGUGGCGAUCUGGCCCAGUAUGUGAAGUCUUUAGAGCCGAUGGACGCCCAGUCCUAUGAGUUCUGGGUGGGCAAGGUCAUGCAGCACACGCUCUCGGCGAUCGCCUACUGUCACUCCAAGGCAGUAAUUCACAAGGAUCUCAAGCCUGAGAAUGUGAUGCUCUCCACCACUCGGGACACGCCCGUCGCCGAGAUGCAUGUGGUGGUCGUGGACUUCGGCCUUGCUGAGGUCUUUGCUCGCUCCACUGACCGGAGCGACGUGGUGUCGGGGACUCCGCCUUACAUGGCCCCGGAGGUAUGGCAAGGGAAUUUCAGCAAGAGUUGCGACGUGUGGUCAGCUGGCUGCAUGCUUUUCUUCCUGCUCUCUGGGCGACUUCCCUUCGUGGCUGCCACACUCAAGGAGUUCCCCAAGGCGUUGCGCCAAGAGCCCGACUGGGCUGCAAUGGGUGGAGCUACCCACGAGGCUCAACAGAUUUGCAGGCAGAUGCUUCAAAAGAAGGAGCAUCAACGGCCAACCGCACAGAGCUGCCUCAAGGAUAGGUGGUUUGUACAAAUGGGCCUCGCAGGGCAUAGCAACCCGGCUGGUGUCUUGCAUGAGGAUCAGCUCCGGAGCUUGCUGGCCGUCGGCCAGCGAUCGGAGUUCGAGAAAUUCGUGACCCGCUUCGUUGCAACGCAAUUGGACGCCAGUCAGCAGACAAAAGUCAAUGAGGCCUUCAAGGCCUUUGACUCAGAUGGCGAUGGGCAGCUCUCGGCCGAGGAGCUCAGGCAAGGCCUGAUGCACUUCGGCACCAAGGCCGAGCAAGCCGAGCAGGUGGUGAACGAGAUGGAUGUGGGGCGAACAGGACAAGUCUCCUAUACCGAGUUCCUGGCCGGUGUGAUUAACUUGCGCUGCAAGACCCCGGAGGAGCAGGACCGGCUCUUGUCCAUUGCCUGGGCGCAGUUCCGCCCCGACAGCAACGGAGAGGUGAAGGUGCAAGACAUCCAGAAUGCCUUGGCCACACGAGGAAUGACCGUCGCGGACAUGCCCGAUGGCUUCCUUGCCGCGCUGAACAAGGACCACACGCAAUACAUUUCCUUCAAUUCGUUUAAAUCGCUGCUUUUCGAUGGCUCUGCGCAAAUGGUCGCGGAGAAGGGCCGCGGAGCGAAGCUGAUUUGGUCCAAAUUCCUUUCGUGGAUGAUGCCUUCAACCGCCCGCUCUGACCGUUGACGGGUCCAAGCUCGGGCUGGAUGAAUGGGAGCUGACCCACAGCACCGAGCCUCGUCGCGCUUGGUGGAUUUGCUAUUUGGCGAUUUGGGUGCAGAAGGUGUUUUGAAGUGA